AUGUAUCGACCUCGACCGGCCGCAACGGAGAAUGGUGGAACGACGCCGUCAUCUAAAUCACUCCAUAACAGUCCUCAUAAUCCCCUCGAUCGCCUCUCGAAGCCGUUUAGAUGCCCCGGAUCUGCUACCCCAACCCGAGCCUCAGAUAAGCCGGCGAGAAAGAGAAGAAAAGUCAACUAUACGGGCGCCGACGGAAACGCGGAUGAAGGAGAAAAGCCAUACACGAACGAAGAACGCCUAGCCCUGACUACCAGAGACGUGAACAGAUUCCCCGUGUUCAAGCCCAAAGACAAGGAUACGACAUUCAAGCAGAGAUUCAAAGUUCCGCUCGUUAAUAAGACUUCCGACGCCUACAAUGCCUCGCGGCCAGCACCAACGCUCGGAAUGAGAAGAGGCGCGACGUUUGUCGUGAAGCCUUUGCAUGAUCCUAGUGGAGAAUUUGCAAUUGUGUUAUAUGACCCGACCGUUGACGAUGUUGAAGAGAAACCCGAAUCAAAAGUAGAGGAUCAAUCCGAGCAACAGAAGUUGGACGAGCCGAUCAUGCAUAAGAGCUUGGCGGAUAUUCUAGGUCUGAAGAAGGAGGUUGAUACCCGCCCCAAGGUCCCUGUUGUGAUAGAUCCGAAAUUGGCAAAGAUUCUACGUCCACAUCAAGUUGAAGGUGUCAAGUUCUUAUAUCGCUGCACAACUGGGAUGGUGGAUAAGAACGCGCACGGCUGCAUCAUGGCAGACGGGAUGGGGUUAGGCAAAACGCUUCAAUGCAUUGCCUUGAUGUGGACUCUGCUCAAGCAGUCCCCAGAAGCCGGGAAGAGUACGAUUCAAAAAUGCAUUAUUGCUUGCCCGUCAAGUUUGGUUGGAAACUGGGCCAAUGAGCUUGGGAAAUGGCUUGGGGAGGGCACCAUUACUCCGUUUGCAGUAGACGGUAAGGCAUCGAAAACAGAGCUUACCAUGCAGAUAAAGCAAUGGGCAAUCGCUUCUGGACGCUCCGUGGUUAGACCUGUCCUAAUCGUGUCUUAUGAGACGCUGCGCAUGUACGUUGAUGCGCUGAAGGAUUCACCAAUCGGCCUAUUGUUGUGUGAUGAGGGUCAUCGCCUCAAGAAUAAAGACAGUUUGACGUGGACUGCGCUGAACAGUUUGAAUGUGAGCCGCCGGGUUAUUCUAUCUGGUACUCCCAUCCAGAAUGACCUGUCUGAAUACUUUGCUCUCCUAAACUUUGCCAAUCCAGACUUGCUUGGAUCGCAGAACGAGUUUCGAAAGAGAUUCGAAUUACCAAUUCUCAAAGGUCGAGAUGCGGCGGGAACAGAAGAUGAGCAAAAGAAAGGAAACGAGCGUCUGUCAGAACUUUCGGGCAUUGUCAACAAAUUCAUCAUCCGUCGGACAAACGACAUCUUGUCGAAGUAUCUGACAGUCAAGUACGAACAUGUGGUGUUCUGCAACAUGUCGCAAUUCCAACUUGGACUGUACAAUCAUUUCAUCCAGAGUCCCGAAAUCAGGAGCUUGCUGAGGGGAAAGGGAAGUCAGCCUUUGAAGGCUAUUGGAAUCUUGAAGAAGCUCUGUAACCACCCAGACCUGCUCAAUCUUUCUGCGGACCUCCCGGGAUGUGAACAUGUAUUCCCAGACGACUAUGUACCCCCUGAAGGCAGAGGUCGUGACCGGGAAAUUAAGUCCUGGUACUCCGGGAAGAUGAUGGUCCUUGAUCGCAUGCUGGCACGCAUUCGCCAGGAUACGAAUGACAAGAUCGUUCUUAUUAGCAAUUAUACUCAAACUUUGGAUCUCUUCGAAAAGCUCUGCAGAGCAAGAGGAUACGGCUCGCUGCGGUUGGACGGCACCAUGAACGUCAAUAAACGACAGAAGCUAGUCAAUAAGUUCAAUGACCCCGACGGAGAGGAAUUUGUCUUUCUUCUUAGUAGCAAAGCCGGUGGGUGCGGUUUGAACUUGAUCGGUGCAAACCGUCUCGUACUUUUCGAUCCCGACUGGAACCCUGCUGCAGACCAACAAGCACUGGCUCGUGUAUGGCGUGACGGACAAAAGAAAAACUGUUUCGUCUAUCGCUUCAUCGCCACUGGAUCAAUCGAGGAGAAGAUCUUCCAGCGCCAGUCGCAUAAACAAUCACUCUCUUCUGCUGUGGUUGAUUCUGCGGAAGAUGUCGAACGCCACUUCUCACUGGAAUCCCUUCGUGAGCUCUUCCAGUUCAAGCCAGAGACCCGGAGCGACACGCACGAUACAAUCAAGUGCAAGAGGUGUAGACCGAAGGAGUCCCAGUUUAUCAAAUCUCCGGCCAUGCUGUAUGGUGACACUAGUACCUGGAAUCAUUUUGUCAACGAUGGAGAGAAGGGUCAGCUUGGGAAGAUUCAAGAUUUGCUCAUUCGUCAGGAGACUACAGAAAGGGACGUUUCUGCGGUCUUCCAAUAUAUCAGUCAUUGA